CAACAAAAUGAUCCUGAACGAACUGUACAAAACAUCAACUUACUAAACAAAGAAACUGUUAACUUGAUCAACAUAGAGAACGAAAACAACAAAACUUUUAUGAUAGAUAAUAUAGAGAACCUGAUUUCGAGUUUGAAAGGCCUGAUUGGUCAGUUCAAAGAGGGCGAAUCGAACUCCGAAGAUAGAGUGAACGAGUUACAGGAAAAUUUAACGGCGAAUAGGGACGCCGAGUCGAAGUCGAAAGCUAAAGAGAAUAAUAAGAUACAUAUUAAGUUUUUGUCUAGUAAAUCGGGAGCGAAAAAGCGGAAGACCAAAGAACUGCAAGCAGAAGUUGUAAAGGAACCUGGCGAACCUAAGUUGAUUAACGAAGAAGAACGUCGAAAAAGCCAGGACUCCAUGGACGGGUUUUUCCUCCCUUCCCCCGAUGCCCCCAGUCCUGUCGGAGAGGACGACGACGAAGACGGUCUGGAUAUUACCAUCACCUUUCCGGAAUUCCGGCAAAACAUCACCCACGAAGCGGAUUCGCACGUCACCGUUUGCUUUUCGGACAUUUCGGCCGAAGCACUGGGCCGGUUGAAACGGUGCCCGAAAGACUUUACGCUGCACAUGGAUUUUGCACAACGGAAAAUGACGUUUCAGACCGGGAAUUUGCCGACUAAUAACUUUUCUAUAGGAGCCGAUUUGAAAGUGACUGAAAUCCCGGUCGAUACCAAGAAAUCGGACAUAAUCAGCAUCAAACCGUCGACGGAAUGCACCUACGCCUCGCAAGUCAUCCCCGUCGUCGAAGGGCCGAGAAGAAGUUCGGUCAAAACCCUAAAAUCCACCGAUUCCGAGCUGUUCGACGUGGUCAGUUUGCCGUUCCUCAAUCGCAAAUCCUCCGUCACGACCAGGUCAUGCAUAACGUUCAAAAACAGCGCCGCAACCCAUCCCAGUUCCUGUCUGUUGCUGGACCGGUUGCGCUACAGGAGCAUGCCGCAAAUUCCGAGUCUGCCCAACAUUUUCGAGGAGCCAGGCUUGGAAGGGACGUCUGCAAGUAAAUCAGGUGUGAUUUAACUUAUCUAGGUUCGAUCGUUAGCCACUCAGACAGGAAACUGCGAAAUAAACAUUUACAAAGAAAGAGAACAAGCACAAGCUUGGAUAAAAUUCAUGACGUUCCAUAGAGUUAAAUUAUAAAAUAUAAAAUUUCUACUUAUACA